AGCACUGUUCAAAGUUAUUUCAUCAGGAGGCUUCCAAGUCAAGUCAGAUUUAUUUAUAUAGUCAAAAUUACAAAUCACAAUACCAGUCAAUGUCCUUAGACUGGUGAUUCAAGGACCCCCUCUUUAAAAACCUCCACCUGUUUGUGGGUAGUUUGAUUAGAUAACAAAAAGAAAAGAUUCUUGCAGUUGACUGUCUUCACCUGUGAGGCUCAGUCUCAGGAAUGUGUGUUUAACCAGACUAUAGAUUUGAUCAGCACCUUAAAUCGUAACUUCUCCCUGUGGAGGAACACAAACCCAAACCUGAUGUGUCUUAAACUGAGGUUGACAUGAUCUUUUAUGUUCAUCACAAUUGGACUUUUAUAACCAUCUUCAGAUCAUAAGGACCAUUAGAGGUCCAGACUUCCGUUAAGCCCCUGACUAGCAGGUUUCAUUUCACAUCUCUCUUCUUUAGGCUCACUACUGACCAGAUGUAACAGACAUCUGAAGGCUCCUGAAGGCUCCGUGGUCGGACAGCAUUUUGAUGUGCUGGGCCCACACCUGCUUCAUCAGCUGUCCCUUGGGGUAAAAACUAAAUGAAACCAUCGGGCUUGUUUACCUUUUAUCAUGAACACAAUGGGUUUUUUUGUUGUUGUUGUUUUUAUGACAACAACAUGUUGUUGUUGUUGUUAUGUUUUUUAUGUGGCUAACAGACCUCAAUAGAAGACGUCCCUUAGUUAAUAUAUUUUUAUCACGUGGCACGUGUCCUAAUUAUGAUCUUGUGUGCAUAAGAUAAAAUAAAACAUUAAAUAAUACGUUAUCUCUGAGGACCCGUAAGGCUCCAACUUAACAUGUUGCACAAUGUUUGUUUUCUGCUGUUUUUACUUUGCCAACCCUAAAUGCUAACUUUUCUUACACAAUACGCACGAUUGUCAGACAGUCUCAGACGAUUUAUAUGCGACCCACAUGGUCAAGGUCCGGGGACGGCCGGCUCUCCUGCCCCUCUGAGUCCUGGGUGGGGCGCGGAGGGGCGGAGAGGAAGUCCUGUCAGCAGGACCGGAGAGGUGACUACGCCUUUAAGCCGUCCAGGCGGUGCGUGUUGGUUUUAUUCCUCGACGCACCUUCUGCUCCAUCACCAGACGAUGUACUUCGGCAGCUCCUGGCGACGCCGGACUCGCAGCACACAUGAGACCCUGAACAACAACGGUCAGCGUCAUAGACAGGUAAUGGAUCAAGCGUGAGUGUCACAACACCAUCCUGCCCAGCUGGCCUCUCUGACUCCAUAACCAUGGCGACUUGUCCGAGGGGCUGCGCCCCAGCGGUGCAUCUUUGUCAGAAACUGAACCGACUCAAGACCCUGGAGGAUGACAUGAUGGUCACGUCGCUGAAACGCUGCCUCUCCACCCUGGACCUGACUCUGUUGGGAAUCGGUGGCAUGGUGGGCUCCGGGCUCUAUGUCCUGACAGGCACAGUGGCUAAAGACAUGGUUGGGCCUGCUGUCAUCAUAUCCUUCCUAUUUGCAGGCAUUGCUUCUCUGCUGGCCGCCUUUUGUUAUGCAGAAUUUGGGGCACGCAUCCCCAAAACAGGAUCUGCCUACAUGUUUACCUAUGUCUCUGUCGGAGAGAUCUGGGCCUUUCUCAUUGGCUGGAAUGUCAUUCUGGAGAACAUGAUUGGCGGCGCUGCUGUGGCACGUGCCUGGAGCGGCUAUCUGGACUCCAUUUUUAACCACGCCAUCCAGAACUUCACGGAGACACACAUUAUGCAGUGGAACGUGCCCUUCCUUGCCCAUUACCCCGACAUUCUUGCAGCAGGGAUUUUAGUAGUUGCCUCAUUCUUCAUUUCGUUUGGAGUUCAAGUGUCUUCUUAUCUCAACCAUAUCUUCUCCACUAUUAGUAUGGGUGUCAUCAUUUUCAUCCUGAUCUUUGGCUUUAUGCUGGCUGAACCAGCCAACUGGAGCCAGAAAGAAGGAGGUUUUGCACCUUUCGGACUUUCUGGAAUACUGUCGGGCUCUGCCACGUGCUUCUACGCGUUUGUAGGUUUUGAUGUAAUUGCGUCCUCGAGCGAGGAGGCAAAGAACCCACAGAAGGCUGUUCCCAUUGCCACUGCGAUCUCCCUCGGACUGGCAGCGUCUGCUUACAUCCUGGUCUCUACAGUGCUCACACUAAUGGUACCCUGGCAUACGCUGGACCCCAACUCUGCUCUGGCGGAUGCUUUCUUCCGACGUGGUUACAGCUGGGCUGGAAUUGUUGUGGCAGUGGGUUCCAUCUGUGCCAUGAACACCGUGCUGCUCUGUAAUCUCUUUUCCCUCCCUCGCAUUGUGUACGCCAUGGCAGAGGAUGGGUUGUUCUUCUCCAUUUUCGCACGGGUCAAUCCGGUCACCAAAGUCCCCGUCAAUGCUAUAUUGGUGUUUGGGUUGCUCAUGGCCACCAUGGCUCUCAUCUUUGAUCUGGAGGCCUUGGUUCAGUUCCUGUCCAUCGGCACCCUCCUGGCAUACACGUUUGUGGCAGCAAGUGUUAUUGUGCUGCGCUUCCAGCCUGAGAAAACCAGCUGCAAGGGAACCGCUUCCACAACUCCAAACCCUAAUGCUGAGCCUGCCCCUGACGCCUUGGAGUCUCAGACCAUAACCGAGGACAGCGGGGAGCUGAAGCAGUACGAGUCCUUCUCUGACAAACUCCAGCUGGUGGAGAGGCAGAAGACAAGAGAGCAGCGUGGGGUGGGGCAGCUGAAGGCCUACUGGGAGCCGUACCUGGGCAGGCUGCUUGGGGAAUGUGAGCCGGGCGAGGUGGUGGCCAUCUGCGUGCUGACUCUGAUUGUGAGCUCAGUCUCCCUUUGCGCUGUGCUCGAAUUCGGAAGGGACCAGCUGCAGCUGCCAAUCUGGAGCUUUGCAACACUGCUGGUGAUUUUUAGCUUAGCGUUUGUUUUCAGCCUGGCGCUCAUAUGGAUUCACGAACCACAAACCAACAGCAAAACAUUCCAGGUACCUUUGGUUCCACUGACUCCGGGUGCCAGCAUCCUCAUCAAUGUAUUCCUUAUGAUGAAGCUCAGUCCUCUAACCUGGGUUCGAUUCACCGUAUGGAUCGCUAUAGGUCUGCUUGUGUAUUUUGGCUAUGGGAUCUGGCACAGUAAGGAGGGCACACGGGAGCUGCAGCCCAAAGACAUGGCCGCCCGCUACGUGGUGCUACCCAGCGGCAGCCUGGUAGAGACAGUGCAGUCUGUCCAACCCGAUGGACAAGUGGACCACAUCAGCCCCUCCACUGAGUCCACAGCUGAGGACCACGCAGGAAAGAGAUGAUGUGUGACCAAACAUAGUCAGUACUACUGCCUGGUGUUUUCUCUUGUGUCCCACUCAUACGCUGUACUAUUACUUGUGUACUCUGCAUCUCACUCCCUUUAGCGCGUGACCGGCCUGCCACAGUCUGUACUUGUUGCUCUGCAAAUGUUAGAACACCACAGGGGGGGAUGCACGCUCUCCGUCUGGUUGUGAAGCAUAUUUGUAUUUUAUCUUGUAACACUCGAAUGUACAGUAGAGAGCUUUAUUACUGUCCUGCACACUGUAAUGCAUCAAUGUUGUGCUAUAUCCUUUAAGACCAGCUCCUUUCCCGCAACUUCGCCAGUUUGUCAGCAUCCAUUUUGUUAUAAGGUGCUUUUUUUGUGACAAACUGUGCUUCUAGUUAAGCACAUACACUGGAUGGGUUUCUUUUAAAGGUAUACUAGGCAGGGCAGAAACCAAAACAUUAUAUAGACUUAAAGAGUUACCUCUAGUAUAGCUGUUGGUCAGCAAUGUUGCAUAAAGAGCUGCAUGUCAGUGUGUUUGCCCGAGGGUGGGGCUCAGCUUAGCACACACAGGCAGACCACAGAGGCAAGCAGAGGAUGGGAGGAGAAGGAGGAGGUGUUAAUUUGCACUUUUGAAUUUAACUGCCACAAAACCGGAAAGGAAAUCAGUAUUUUAGUUGUCACAUUCACAGUUUUGUCACCCCUAAUGUUGCUCCCUCUCUUCGAUUCGCUCGGCUGUCGAGCCGGGGAGGAAGGGCCAACUAAUUUUGGUGUGUUUUCAAACAGCCAUCAACAAAUUCUGCAUAGUAUACCUUUAAAUAUUAACCUUGAGAGGAAAAUCAACAUUCACAAACUGUCAUCUUUGGAAGAUUUCAUUUUGACUAUAGUAAGCAUCAUUUGUUGCAUGUGUUUGUUUGUUUUUCAGUUAAGCAGAGGAAUGCACAGACUUUUGUGAGUUUGCAUUUUUGCCUUUUUUCUCAAAUUCUUCUCCCCAAAGCCUCAGGAGAAACUUCAGACUCUCACCAUUUGAA